AUGUCUAUUAUGAACUUCCAAAUACCUCCACCUCCACCACCACAACCAAUGAAUCAUCAUCGUAGAAGACAAAUACCAUUAUUAUACCCAAUAGUUGAACAAAUCAACCAAUUCUUUAAAGUACGAGGAUUCGGAUUGGAGCAUUUACCAAUUGUUGCAUCAUAUUGUGAUAUUAUAUUGGGUGUUGCAUUGCAAUUGAUGAAAAUUAAAUCUUAUGUUGAUUGUUUUUUUGGUAUCAUUGCUCGGUAUGACUCAAAUGUUGUCAUUGGCCAAAUCAAUCUAUUUGUAAAGGAUUUAAUCGAGACUAAUAACAGCCAGACCCAAGUACACCAGAAAUUGUCUGAUAUCAUUUCUACCAUUCCCAACAACAAACAUGUUGACAUUCUAAACAACAUUGUACCAUUUCUACAAUUUGAAAUCGAUCUAAUAUCAUUAUUGAAAUCAAUAAGUGAAUCCAUGUUGAAAAAGAAUUAUGAUUCUAUAUCCAAAUCUAUCCAAAAUAUAAUCAUCCUAUUCGAUCAAAAUAAAUCUUUUUUCAAAAUUUAA